AUGCUUCAGGCCAAUCCUUAUGCGCAGAACGCGCCGGUCCAGGGAGACAAUGAGUAUGAGAUGCAGGACUACAACCAGCAGCCUCCCGCCUCGUCAAGCCUCUCACAACAGGAGUUCCUCAACCGCGUUCAGAACCUCCGCAACGAGAUCAAGGCCCUGACCAACGACGUCGACUACAUCGGCCAGCUCCACCAGCGCACCCUCAGCAGCACCGACGGCACCGCCAACCAGCAGCUUGAGCAGUAUGUCUCUCAGACCCAGAUCCGAAACACCGCCAUCAAGGACGGCAUCAAGGGCCUCGAGCGCGACCUAGCAAAGACCACCGACAGCUCCCGCACCACAAAGAACACCCAGCUGCAGUCCCUCAAGACCUUUUUCAAGUCGGAGCUCGACAAGUACCAGAGCAUCGAGCGCGAUUACCAGCAGCGCUACCGCGACCAGAUCGCCCGCCAGUACCGCAUCGUAAACCCCGAUGCUUCCGAGGAUGAGGUUCGCGAGGCCGCCGAGGCCGAUUGGGGCAAUGAGGGUGUUUUCCAGACUGCUCUGCGGACGAACCGCACCGGACAUGCCAGCUCCGUGCUUGGCAACGUCCGCGCCCGCCACAGCGAGCUCCAGCGCAUUGAGCAGACUCUCUCUGAGCUUGCUAUCCUGUACCAGGAGCUCGCCACGCUCGUCGAGCAGCAGGAGCCCGUCAUCCAAGCUGCCGAGACCAACGCUAUUAACACGGUUGAGAACAUCGAAAAGGGUAACGAGCAGGUCAAGGUCGCCAACGAGCACGCCCGCCGCCGCCGCAAGCUCAAGUGGUGGUGCGCCCUCGUCGUCCUUCUCAUCAUCAUCGCCAUCGCCGUCGGUGUUGGUGUCGGUGUCAGCGUGGCCAAGAACUGA